AUGCCUUUUGUAUCACAGAUAUGCCAGAUGUGCAUCGAGCUCUCUCAGAACAUCGAAUGCCGUGGCUCGGCACCCCUUGCUGCUUUGGCCAGAGAGCUGUACUGGAUCUCUCGGUACGAUGAGACGUUCCAAGAUAGGGUUUGCCAUUCUGGGAACGGGCGGAUAUCCGGACAGUGCUUCGCUUCUGCAUGUUGGACUGGUCGAGUGAACCUUGAGCAGCUGUUGAAGAUUGUGUCAAGGCCUGCCUGUGACCAGUUUUAUCCAAGCCAUGCGGUGGGGCAUGUUUACUUCACCGCGAAAAAGGACCAAGGCUUGGCAACGCCCUAG